AUGGGUUUCGGUGCUCCUCGAGGCCGUGGUGCCCCCCGCGGUGGCCGUGGCGGUUUCGGUGGUGGUGAUCGUGGUGGACGUGGUGGUGGCAGAGGUGGUUUCGGUGGCCGUGGUGGUGGUGACCGUGGCCGUGGUGGCUUCGGUGGCCGUGGCGGUGGCCGUGGUGGUCCUCGCGGUGGUCGUGGUGGUGACCGUGGCCGUGGUGGACGUGGUGGUGGUGGCCGUGGUGGUGCCCAAGGUGCCAGGGGUGGUGCUAAGGUCAUCAUUGAGCCCCACCGUCACGCUGGUGUCUUCGUUGCCCGCGGUGGUAAGGAGGAUCUGCUCGUCACCAAGAACUUGACUCCUGGCCAGGCUGUCUACGGCGAGAAGCGUAUCUCCGUCGAGGGUGUCGCCGGUGAAGAUGGUACCGUUUCUAAGGUCGAGUACCGUGUGUGGAACCCUUUCCGUUCCAAGCUGGCUGCUGGUAUCCUGGGUGGUCUGGACAACAUCCACAUCAAGCCCGGCUCCAAGGUUCUCUACCUGGGUGCUGCCUCCGGUACCUCCGUCAGUCACGUUGCUGACAUCGUCGGACCCACCGGUACCGUCUACGCCGUCGAGUUCUCCCACCGUUCCGGUCGUGACCUGAUCGGCAUGGCUACCCACCGUACCAACGUUAUCCCUAUCGUUGACGAUGCCAGACAUCCUUUGAGAUAUAGGCAAUUACUGCCUAUGGUUCAGACGAUCUUCGCUGACGUGGCUCAGCCAGAUCAAGCUCGUAUUGUCGGACUGAACGCCCAUAUGUUCCUCGAGGACCAGGGUGGUGUUUUGAUCUCCAUCAAGGCCAGCUGUAUCGACUCCACAGCCGCUCCCGAUGUUGUGUUCGCUCGUGAGGUCCAGAAGAUGCGCGAGGAGAAGAUCAAGCCCAAGGAGCAGCUGACUCUGGAGCCCUUCGAGCGUGACCACUGUAUCGUUGGUGGUAUCUACAGCCGUUCGUCAUAA